AAGAAUCAAAUGUAUCAUAUCAAUUACUCAAACAGCUAAAAGAAGAAAUUAAAAAUGUCUCCUUCAUGGCCAACUACACUUCUUGCCUCUCUUUUUCUUUUCUCCCAAAUAUUGUCUUCAAUUGCCCAAGUUCCAGUUGAAAACACCUUCAAAUAUGUCAAUGAAGGCGAAAUGGGGCCUUAUAUUGUCGAAUACAGAGCAGAUUACCGCGUUCUUGAUCCUUUUUCUAACCCGUUUCAGCUCUGUUUCUACAACACAACUCCAAAUGCAUGGACACUAGCAUUGCGAAUGGGCACUGUCCGUUCCGAAUCUCUCAUGCGUUGGGUGUGGGAAGCAAACAGGGGAAAUCCCGUUAAAGAAAACGCCACUCUCACAUUCGGAACUGAUGGAAAUCUCGUCUUGGCUGACGCUGAUGGCCGCAUUGCUUGGCAAACAAACACGGCCAACAAAGGCGUUACGGGGUUCAAGUUGUUACCAAAUGGUAACAUUGUGCUUCAUGACUCUAAGGGUAAAUUCAUCUGGCAGAGUUUCAACUAUCCUACUGACACCUUAUUGGUGGGCCAGUCCCUCCGCUUGUCAGGCCCGAAUAAGCUGGUGAGUCGGGCCUCGGUGAAAAAGAACGCAAACGGACCUUACAGCUUAGUAGUGCAACCAAAAUUGUUCGGUAUCUACAACAGGACCAAGCUUGCUGUGGAAUUAGCUUGGUUUGAUCUUGGCAAUAGCAGUUUGGAAUCAGUAAAAUUGAAUAGUGGGAAUCAAAGGCUGAAGUUGGAUUAUAGAUUGGCAAAAUCAACAAAGAGAAGUUCACAUGUUAUGGCUUUUACUAAAUAUAACACAACUUUGACAUAUCUUCGUCUAGAAAUAGAUGGAAAUCUCAAGGCCUACACUUUCAACGAUGGAGAUCUAGAUUCACCCCGUUGGAGGGUAACUUACAGCAUGAAUUGAAAAAAAAUGCUUUUUCAUAUUAGAAACUUAGCUCUAUAAGAUCAGGAUUUCGUUGUCCAGUGCAAUAAGUGGAUAAAACGAGUGGGUCCACAGUAGUCCAAUAGAUCGGUAGUAAUUCCUAUUUAGUGCUAAAAAAAAAUCCUUUUAUGGUUUUUUUUUUUUUUUAAAUUAUGUUUUGGUUGAAGAUUUUUUUUUUUUUUCCGGUUGAAUUGAUGAAUGAGUGUAUCUCAUAAUGAUUUCUAUCAUAUUAAAUAUGCUUUUUU